CCCCCUCACACACCACCAACCACAUACCCCAACACACAAUCCCCGAUGCCUGGACACACGGGAAAUGGGUGAUAUGGUUGAUUUAAAGGCAGUUGAAAUUGGGUAACCGGCGACCGUGAAUGGCGUGAGGAGACGAGAGAGAAAUCCUUGUUUAGUCUAGCCGGCGACGUGCAAGAGGGAGGUCACGCGUGCUGGGGCUCCGGCCGGGCUUUUGUCUAAGACGUGGCGGACGAAGCUGAAAAAAAAAACAAGAGAAAAAAAAACAGCUCCCUUCCUUCCUUUCCUUCCGUCCUUCCUUCCUCUAAAAAAGAAUAAAAAGGACAAACAAAUAACGAAGAAAGAACAAGAGAGAAAGAAGAGAGAAAAAACAACCUCCCAAAGACACCGAAGUUGACCCUGAAGAAGAGAAAGAGAGAAGAGAGAUAAAGAAGAAGAGAGAAUGGGUUGAGGAGAACGCGAAGAAAAACAAGAAAAAGAAAAAGAAAACUGAGAAAUCCAGUGAAAAACCCAGAGAGAGAGAGAGAGAGAGAGAGAGAGAGUCUGCAAUAGCCUUCCCGUUCUCUUUCUCUCCGUGUUGGGAUGCUCCUCCUCUUCCCCCUACCCCCCAUGCACCCCCUCCCCGUCACCCCCGCCCCCCUCCCAAACACUAGCUGACCUUUUACCUCCUCCUCCUCUUCUUCCUCUUCCUCCUCCUCCUCCUCCUCCUCCUCCAUGUCGGGGUUGAAGCGUCGCUCCUCUUCUUCUUCCUCUUCCUCUUCCUUCUUCGCCUCACUUCUCUUCUUCGUCCUCUCUCGUGUUUUAAAAGAGUUAACGAUCGGUUGAUUUGUCUUUAUCGUACGUGAAAAAAAAUAAAGCGACGGAUUACGUUGACUUUGAUAUCGUUCUUUUGUUGUUGUUUUUGUUGCUGCUGCUGUUGUUGUUGCUGUUGUUGUGUUUCUUUGAUUCGUCUGACUUGGUUUCAUUAUUUUUUUAGCUAAUUUUUUUUGUCUGAUUCUCAUUCUUUCUAUUUAUUUUCACUUGUUUCUUAAUUAAAUUCACUUAACCUUAUUUGCCUCUUUUUAUUCUCAUCUUUCUUUUUCUUUUUUCCUAUCUACGUAUUUUUGUAACAUCUUUUUCUGUCAGUUUCAAUCUUUUCCUUUCAUUUUCUAUUCCUUUCUGAAUUAAAAACACCCAUCUCCAUUACUUCAUCUAAAUUUACAACACUAUUAUUUCCUUCUUCUUAUAAUCACCUUUUCCAAUCUAAGGUUAUCUGGCGUACUUCUUUAUCUACCGCCUCUUGCCUUUCACUAGUUUAUAAUUCACUGUUUUCUAUUUUCUUUAACCAUCGUCUCAAAUUACUGUUCUUACAUAUCAAACGUGCAAACAAUAACAUAAGUACAGUCUUGGCGGCGGUACGGUUAAAGAGAGAGAGUGUGACAGAAGUACAGUCUUGUCGGCGGUACGGUCAAGAGAGAGUGUGACAGAAGUACAGUCUUGUCGGCGGUACGGUAAACAGAGUGACACAAGUACCGUCCUGUUCUCCGUACGGUCCACACAAACAGUCCCUCCACGCUCACGCUCAAGUUUUAUAUUAUUACGAAGAGGUCACACGCAUCUUCCACUGUGUUUGUCUGUCAGGUCACGGUCAGCCAAUCACUAGUCAGAUUCUUGAUUCUGUCGUGUUGAUGCGGGAAGCGUUGACCUCAGCACUUGUCUUGUCUGUUUGUCGUCUGUCUCUCUGUCUGUCUGUCUGUCUGUCUCCGCAUUUCUUUCCUCGAGUCUCUGUUUAUUGAUACUGGACUUGACUUCUUUUCUCUACCUCUCUCCUUCCUCUCUUUUCGUCUUCUACUUCCAUCUUUCUUCACUUGCUUUCUCCAUCUCCUUCUUUUUCUCUGGUUUCCUUUAGUUUUCUAGUUUUCUUUUCCUCCUCCUCCUCCUCCUUCUCUUCCUCUUCUUCUUCAUCUCUUCGUUUAUCAGUCUUUUCAUCUCUCCUUUCCUCCCGCAGCCUCCCUUUCCUCUCUUCUAUAACUUCUCCUCCUCUUCCUCUUCCUCUUCUUCAUCUCUUCGUUUCAAUCUCUCCUUCUCGUUCUUCAUUUGUUUUCUCUCUCCCUCCUUGCUUCAUCUGGUCUCUCUUUGUGUUCAAGUUUUCUCUGUGUUUAAAUCCCUCGUUCUCGUUCUUCAUUUGUUUUCUCUCUACCUCCUUCCUUUAUCUGGUCUAUCUUCGUGUUCCAGUUUUCUCUUUCUGUAAUUUUAAUCUCUCGUUCUCGUUCUCGAUCUCGUCUUCCCUCUUGUCUCUUCCGUGUAUUGAUUGAUUCCACGAGACAUCAACUCCUCCUCUUCUUCCUCCUCCUCCUCCUCCGCCUCCUCUUUCCUCUUCUCCGCCUCCAAGUUCCCUUUAUUGGUGUGCCGUGGAGUGAUCUGUCCUCUUCCUCCUCUUUGUUUCCUCCUCUUUGUUUCCUCCUCCUCCUCUUCCUCUUCUUCUUUCCAAUCUCUUCGUUUAUUAGCCUCUUUUCACCUCUCUUCUCUUGCAGUCUUUCCUUUCCUUUCUUCUAAGUCUCCUCCUCCUCCUCCUCCUCUUCCUCUUCUUCUUCUUCAUCUCUUCGUUUAUCAGCCUUUUCAUAUCUCCUUUCCCCUCGCAGCCUCCCUUUCCCUCUCUUCUAUAACUUCCUCCUCCUCCUCCUCUUCCUCUUCUUCUUCAUCUCUUCGUUUAUCAGCCUUUUUCAUAUCUCCUUUCCCCUCGCAGCCUCACUUUCCCUCUCUUCUAUAACUUCUCCCUCCUCCUCCUCCUCCUCCUCCUCCUCUACUGCUAACCCUGAUCGUCCCUCCACUCUCAGUCUCCUUCUCUCCUCAUCUCUCACCCUCUCCCUCCCUCCCAUCUCCUCCCAUAUCCUGUUGGCCCCUAAUUCCUUCGAUCCCAUUUCCCUCGUCACCUUUUUCGACUUUCCUCCCCUUAUCUUCCCAUUAAUCCCCUUCCUCCGUCACCUCUUCCCUCCCCUUCCUCCCUCCCCCUGUCAACCUUCUUCCUAACUCUCGCCUAAGAAGAGGAAGAACGGUGACAGAAAGGGAGAUAGUUGAGGAAAGGAAGAGGUAGAGAGAAGACCAGUAGAUAAAGAAGGAAGAAGUGAAAAUAACGUAAGAAGACAAGGAAGAGAGUAAGGAAGAAAGAGGAAAGAGAUAUAAAUAGGGAGGACAGCGUUAAAAGAAGACAAGAGAACAGACAAACGAAGAAAGGAGGACAAGAAAGUGAGGACGACACCGAAAGGAAGAGAGAAGACAAGGAAGGGAAGAGUAAAAGAGGAAACAAAAGAGGAAGAGAAGAAGGAAGAGGAAAAGCAAAACAGAGGAAAAGAAUAGCGGCUUAAGAGAAUAAAGAAGAAAAAAAGAAAGGAAGAAAACAGCAUCAGGAAGAAAAGGAGGAAAAGAACAACAGGAGAAAGAACAGAAGAACAAGAGGAAAAUAGAAAAAAAGAACAAGAAAAAACAACAAUAAGAAGAAAACAAACCAGAAAAACAAAACAAAAUAAAGAGAAAACGGGAAGAAAAACGAAAGAGAUAAAAAUAAAAGAACUUCGAACCAACAGGAAUAAACACGGAAGACAGCAGGAAGAACAGCAGGAGGCGCAGCAGGAGGAGCAGGAGGAGGCGGGGCAGGGAGGAGGAGGGUAUGGUGCGGGAGGUGUCGUUCCGGGCCGUCCUGGUGGCGCUGGCCUUGCCCUCCAUCGCCUGCUACCUCCUGCUGGUGCGCUCGACGCCACACCUAGCAGAGGAAGAGGCGUUACCUUACCUUGACUUGGGGUCGUGUCCCUCCUGCGGCGGCGGCGGCGGCGAUGGGGGCGUCGAAGAGGACCUGCAAGCCUUCAGCGCCGCUCCUUAUGACCUUCCAGAUGACCCGUGGUGGGCAGGCUGGGCGCAGGUGCAGAGGAGCAGGCGGGAGGCGCUCCGACUGGCCUGCCUUCAGUUCCACGGCGCGCGAGUCAAGUCAUUUUCGAAGCUUCUACUCUUCAGGAAAUACCUCUACAACCUCCUCGUGGACGACCGACACCGCGCCAUCUAUUGCUACGUGCCUAAGGUGGCGUGCACGAACUGGAAGCGCCUCAUGAUGAUCCUCUCAGGGCGCACCAACGAGACUAAUCCGCUCAACAUCAGCUCCCACAUCCCACACGAGGAAGGGGUGCUGACGCGGCUCUCCUCGGCCCGCUACAAGACCUCGGUGCUCAGCUACAAGCUCCGCACCUACACCAAGUUCCUCUUCGUGCGUCACCCGAUGGAGCGCCUCGUCUCGGCCUACAGGAACAAGCUCGCCAGCAACUCGUCCUCGGCCACAGACUUCAGACGGAGGUUCGGCUCCACCAUGCUCAAAGUGCGUCGAGGGGUUGGCGCCUUCCACAAUGUCUCCAAGGCUGGCCGGGGGGUCACCUUCGCGGAGUUCGUGUAUUACCUGAUCGAGAGGAGCUACACCGGCGGCCAGCAGAGUCUCAACGAACACUGGGCACCGUACUUUGACCUCUGCCACCCGUGCACCAUCCGCUACGACAACAUCGGCAAGUAUGAAACGUUGGAGGAGGACGCAGAGUUUAUCCUGCGGAAGAUCGGCGCGCGACCCGACCUCCAUUUCCCUCCGUUUGUCAACUCCAAGACGGCCUCCCUCGUGCCCGGCUACCUCGCCACGCUCACAGAGGACAUGAGCAAAAAGCUGUACGAGUUAUAUAAGCCGGACUUCGCGCUGUUUCAGUACGAGCCGUGAGUUCAUUAUUGGCCAUUUGGUGUCGGCAGUGGAGUGGCGUUUGUUAUUGUGUGUCUUAAUUCGUCUUCGGUUUGUUGUCCGCGUCCAGCGUGUUGUGUUUUCGAGGCUUGUUUCAGUUGGAAUAGCCAGAUGCAAAAUUCUCAGGUAGAUUUCCGAUGUAAAAUAGACGCCGAGGCUCCACGAUACCGCGGCAUCUUUUCUUACGUUACGCGCUUGAGUCCUCAUCUUGUUACAAGGUGGGAGGUUUCCUGUUUGGGGCGGAAAGGCACGCGUGGGAGUCACCGUGCGCCUCCACUCAUAGAAAAGCAAUCUUAGCGAACUCUAGGCGUACAUGUACUCAGAGCAAUAGAGGCCUCAACGUCGAGCAAUAAGUAGAUGUAAUAAAGCCUAGUCACUGAACGGCUGGUGAUGUGGUGGUGGUGGUGGUGGUGCCGCGAGGUAUAUCCACCCAAAGGCCACAUAGGUACAGGUCCGGGCACGCGCAUCAGCCGCGGCGUCACCAAACAAUGACGCUAACGCUCACAUAGGGUCGUUCUUGGCUUGUUAUCCUGCUACAGUUCGAAGUGGUAACAUUCUUCUCGUGGGAAAGCGAGGGAACACUAUCCGUCAAACAAAAUCACAAUCAAAAAUUCAAAUUCCAGACGCGUCAGUUGAUUGGCUGAGCUCAAAUUCUCCGCGUGACGUCAUCUUUGUUCGUCAGUGUUACCAAGGUUUAUGGAAUGCACGGUCUAACGACACAUGCGCUGCGUGGACGCAUCACCAAGUGUCCCAUGUUCGUAUAUAGCCUUUGUACCCACCCACCCACCCACACACGUCGUCCUCAGAGCAAUAGAGGCCUCAGCGUCGAGCAAUAAGUAGAAAAUUAAUGAUAAAGCCUAGAUACUACGCGGCUGGUGAUGAGGUGAUGGUGCUGGCGCCCAAGAAGGUUUGUGGCCCCUAUCCAUCCAUCACCCAUCCACUCGUCGCCUGGUAGUCGUAAGUCGCCGAGGUUUGAGUGUUGUUAUAAAUAGUGGCGAGGGUUAGCCGGUCAGCCCGUGGCGCGCUCAAGCUUUGCCUGCCAGUGGGGGCGCUGGGAGGCCUGGCAAAUAUAUCACUGUAGCGUUAACGGACCUGCGCGUCAGACUGUGCACCGAGGCGUUCAUCUUUUGUCUUGUAGAUUCGAACCUUCCGAGGUCUGGAGCGUCUUCUCCCGACCUUGUGAUCUCAAUGGACAUUCGUACGAUUGUUACACAUUGAUGGAAAAAAAUCUUAUCACACAACAAAGCACAACUAUUAUCGGCUGUGAGUGCGAAUGGACAUAAUCACGACGGUUAAGUUACGAGAAAGUUCAUGAUAUUUAAAGUGAAAAAAAUAAAUAUGCGAAUACAAUGUGAAAAGUCAACGAUGUUGCGAAAGAGUCUUCGCAAGGUUAGUGUGUAAAAGAUCUAUCUAUGCAUAUCAGUCUUAUCCGCCUGUUGCCAGUCUCACUUCCUUCGUGACGUAGUUUUAGAUAGUUAAGUAGUUAUCGUAAGCUUACAUAUCACAUGGAAAGAAAACAUAAAAAGCCAGUAGUCCAGCUGGUAGUGAACCUAGGAAGCAAAGGGGGGAAGGGGAGGGGAGGGAGUCGUACAAGUCAGUAAGUUAAGAGGCGUGUAGGGCCUGUAAGUCUGCUAAGAUAGGAGGCGUGUGGUGCCAGAGGGGCUUACUAAUACACUUUGAGGCAUGUAAAAGGGGCUAUUACAUUGGGCAAAUUUUUCGUGGAUCUUCAGUCAAACCACGAUUCCCGCUAGCGUGGUUCUCAUUUGUUUCUUGUUAUUGCUUAUGAUGAUAAUGGUGAGUAAUACCGUCGUCCCUCGGUGAAAUCUACCAUAGCUUUUGGAAGAUUGUGGACAUGUCAGAAAACCACGGAAAUAUGAGAACCAGGCCAGAGGAAAUCGUGGUUUGACUGAAGGUCCACGGAAAAUUUGCCCAGUGUAAUAGCCCCUAUAAGUCCCCGUGUCAUUAUAGGCCUCAUUAUUUUUAAGACACCGGUCAGUCACGUAGUAGCUCCGGGUCUGCAUAUGAGGGCCAAAGUUCACUCUUGUGGUCCGAUGCCCAUAUAGAACUAUACAAUUAACCUAUUAAAUUGCACCGUAUUUUUUUCUAUGGAAUUUCAUAUGUCCCUCUCGUAGCUACGUGACUGACGCCCGUGGGUAUGGCCAUGCGAAGAGGAGGGUGUGCUGCAUGGCUUCUUAGAGUGACCUGUAGCGGGUAGUGGGUAGAGGAAGCAACGUGAGGUUCAAGACCCUUACCAUAGGAAGUCCGUGGAUUAGGGCCAUGCGAAGGGGAAGUGGCGUGCUGCAUGGCUUCCUAGUGACCUGCAGGGCCCCCGGAGCUCCGUAGUGCCUCGCCUGUCAACAGACUGGAGGGGCUGCACCGCUUCCACUUUAGACCCUCUUAGUAAUGAUGGCAGAGUAGCUUCACCAAGGUCAGGUGGUCUUCGUUUUCAUCUUAACUCGGCUCCCCGCAUCGCAUCCUCUCGACAUCCACGUCCAUUUAUUGCUCUUUCAUCUAUAGGUUUGCCUCCACCUAAACACACACAAACACACACGAGGAGUUUUUGCUGUAUUAACGCCGCUUACACAGCCCAUCUCCGCUCGCUGGGUGCUUGGCGCAGCGACAUGUUGGUCUCUGUCGCGUUGACGGGUUCCUUGAUUUGGCUGCUGCUGAGCCCAUAGAGGAAACCAAGAGGAGGAGGAGGAGUAGGCUGGCCGUGGCCAGACUUGACUAAGUCUGUCAAGUUGUGUUGCUUGCUGGUUUGCGUGGCAAGGGAUUAUUUGAGGUAUUGAUGGACAGGCAGGAAUUAAAGUUACCUCACAAGAUGCAAUGCUUUCCAACACAGCACUCGUAUUAUCAAAUGGGGUGCUUACGCUGAGGGUGCAUCUAAUUAAUAAUGAUAACCAGGCAGUCCCUUUACUUUAAGAUUGUUAUCCUUGUAAAUAUAGAUACUCUACUGCGCAUACUCGGCUUGCAUCGCGUUUUCUUUCAGUGUUCGGUAGGAGGUGACUUUCUGGCAGUAGGCUAACCCCGCCGUACUGCCAGUAAUAUCUAAGUACGAUUAAGCAACGGGGCUUCAUCACCCCCACACAAGCCCUGUAUAUUCCGAGAUCCGACUGUGAUAACCGUGUGCUCAUGAAUACCGUACAUUGUGGUGUUGUCAGUGUCCCGUUACGUGUACUAAGUCGAUGUUUUAAGGCACGGUGACUCAGGGGGCGGCGGCGGCGGUGGCGGUGCUGUGAAGACGCCGCGGGGUGGUGCUAUGGCGCGUCCGAGCGAGUAAACUGGACAACGUUUGGAUCUGACAUGAGUUUGACCGACAGCCGAGACGAGGCACAGUUUCCUUUGCCACUGUGUUUAUACUGGAUAAGUCCGCCAUGUUGAAUUCACCCUUGCUUUAACAUUAUAAAAAAAUCUCUACUUUGCCUAAACCUGAAGUAUGAAGAGCUUGUCACACUAUAUACAUCUGGCAAGCCGAAAUAACGUCAU